GGUUAGUGCCGACUGUCUACGUCAAAAUUUGACGUUUGCUGUCUAGAGUUUCUUAAUAGAGACGUUUCUCAUUCGCAUAUAAUAUUCAGUUUCUGGCGGAGAGGGUGUGAAUUUUACAUCCAGCGACAUGGGAAAUGCCUACGCUCUACAUUACAAACCAGACGUUACGCCUCAUCCGUUAAAGGAAUCGCAGUUCGAACCGAACUUUGGUUUCCCCAAUGGCCGGAAGGAAAGAGUCAUGGUUGCAACGGAAGAGGAAAUGGUGUCAGCCAAGUUACCCCUAGACGCCCGAGAUUAUUGCGCUCACAAGUUACUCAAAUAUCACGCUUGCCGUACCGACACCUUCCCGUUUGUUUACAAAUGCCACCAUGAGAAACACGACUAUCUUACAUGCGAAUAUGAAGAUUACGUUCUUCGAAUGAAAGAGUAUGAGCGCGAGCGGCGGCUUAUGGAACGUCAAAAACGAAUCGAAAGGAAGCAACAACAGCAAGCGUAAUGUUUAAUAGCUUUUCAGUUUUCAAUAGUAACAAAGUAAAUGUGUUCUGCUCGAGAAUAAAGGAAAAUGUCGGGAAGAAA